CUAUCUCUCUCAGCUCCUAAAACCCUAAACCAGCUGAAAGAAAACCAAUCGGAUCCGCCCCGCCCCGUUUUCUCCCAAUGGAGACUCCGGCCGAGUCCCUCCUCUCCGUCGCCGGGUCGCUCUCCACUGCCUCCACUCGGCAGCGGGUUCGGAUUUUCCGAGAUCAAAUUCCGGCCAUUCUCGGCCGCUCCGAAAUAUGUGUGGAGUCUGCAUCAUUGUUGGUAGAUAUAAUAUUUAAAACAUUGUACAUCUAUGAUGAUCGUGGGUCCAAGAAAGCUGUCGAUGGUAUUAUUACAAAAUUUUUGCAAGAAGUGGCCUUCAUGAAGAAUUUCGCAGCAGUCCUUGUUCAGAUCAUGGAAAAAAAUGUAAAGGUGCAAUCACAUGUUGGGGGCCACAGACUUCUCCAGUGGUCAUGUCUUCUUCUUAGCAAGAGUAAGUUCAUCACAGUUUCCAAGAGUGCAUUCUGUAGAGUUGCCACAGUGCAGGCAUCAUUACUCCAUAUUGUUGUACAAAGAUCUCUCUGUGAGCAACGGUCUUGCAAGAAGACAAUUUAUCACUUAUUUUCUCAGUCGCCAGACAUCUACAAAUUGUAUAUAGAGGAAUUGACGGAAGCGCGCAUCCCAUACAAAGAUAGUCCUGAAUUAUUAGGGUUCUUAAUGGAAUUCUGUAGUACCUCAAGAAAGUCAUCUUCUUUGUUUGAGCAAUUCAAGCCAACAUUUCUUGAUAUAUAUCUCAAGGCAAUUUUAAACGCAAAAGAAAAGCCGUCAAAGGGUCUUAGUGAAGCUUUUCGUCCACUUUGUCAACAUAUGUUGCAUGAAGAUUUUCAAAAUGUUGUGCUCCCAUCUUCUGUUAAAAUGCUUAAACGCAACCCUGAGAUUGUAUUGGAAUCAGUUGGGAUACUAUUGAAGUCAGUCAACCUUGAUUUGAGCAAGUAUGCUGUCGAAAUGAUUUCACUAGUCUUGCCACAGGCUAGGCAUGCAGAUGAAGGCAGGAGGGCUCCUGCUCUGGAAAUAGUACGAUGUCUGAGCCAAAAUUCUAGUAAUCCAGAUAUUAUAGAAGCAAUGUUCAAUGCUAUCAAAUCUGUCAUUGGAGGCUCAGAAGGAAGACUUACAUUUCCUUACCAGAGAAUUGGCAUGAUCAAUGCACUGCAAGAAUUGUGCAAUGCUCCAGACGGGAAGCAUUUUAAUGGACUGUCUCAAACUUCAUGCAGUUACUUGCGAUCUUGUUACAAGGAGGAUGGCAACGAGGAGGUCAAGCUUUCAAUUUUGUCAGCCUUAGGUUCGUGGGCAGCAAGAUCUGCUGAUGUUAUUCAGUCAGAUUUAAUUUCUUUUUUCUCUUUUGGGCUUAAGGAAAAAGAAGCUCUAAGAAGGGGACAUCUUCGUUGUCUGCGAACCAUAUGCAGGAAUGCCGAUGCUGUUCAUCAGUUAUCAUCAUUACUGGAACCUCUCAUUCAACUUGUCAAAACUGGUUUUACUAAAGGAGUUCAGCGUUUGGAUGGGAUAUAUGCCUUACUAUUCGUUAGCAAAAUUGCAGCAGUUGACAUCAAAUCAGAGGAGAACGUGGUGAGGGAAAAGAUCUGGUCUCUGAUAUCUCAAAAUGAGCCAUCACUUGUUCCAAUAUCCUUGGCUUCAAAAUUGUUGACUGAGGAUUGCAUGGCUUGUGUCGAUCUUCUUGAAGUCUUGCUGAUGGAACAUUUGCAGAGAGCGUUGGAUUCCUUUUCCCUCAGAUCACUGUCCCAGUUGAUAAUUUUUUUCAUGUGCCACCCAAGUUGGGAUGUUCGAAGAGUGGCUUAUAACACUACAAAAAAGAUAGUUCCUGCUGCCCCGCAAAUAGCUGAACAUCUUUUGAUUGAAUUUGCUACUUUCAUGUCUAUAGUUGAAGAGAAACAUCGUAUUUCAAAGUCAAGUGAUACAGAUAAUUCAGGGGACUCCCAAGUACCGUUCCUUCCCUCAGUCGAGGUUUCUGUAAAGGCUUUACUUAUUAUUUCAUCAGCGGCCCUACCUGCAGCUCCAAGUGCAUCAAUGCAAGUUUUAUUCUGCGGACAUCAUCCGUACUUGGUUGGAACUGCAAAAAGAGAUGUGGUUUGGAGGAGGCUACAUAAAUGUCUGCAUAGAUGUGGUUUUGACAUAAACAGCAAUGUUUUGGCUGACAUGGAGAAUUUAUGCAAGGGCCUACUGGAAACAAUGUGGUUGUCCAGUACUACCACGUCAGAGCAGCAAGCAGCCAUAUCCUCAUUGUCCACUCUGAUGUCCAUUGCACCUGGAGAAACGUAUAUGGAGUUUGAAAAGCACUUGAAACACCUUCCUUACCGAUAUUCACAUGAUUCACUUUCCGAAAAUGAUAUUCGGAUAUUUCACACUCCUGAAGGCAUGCUUUCCAGUGAGCAAGGCGUCUACGUAGCCGAGUCUGUUGCUGCCAAGAACAUGAAACAAGCGAAGGGCCGUUUUCGGAUGUAUGAGGACCUUAAUGACAUGGAUAAUGGUGGUUCUAAUCACUCGGCAAAAGUUGAGCCAAGCAGUAAAACUGGGAAGUCGACAAAGAAACCUGAGAAAGCAAAGACUGCUAAGGAGGAGGCACGUGAGUUACAACUUAAGGAGGAGGCUUCCAUACGUGAGAAGGUUCGAGAAAUACAGAAAAACCUGUCCCUAAUGCUUAAAGCUCUUGGGGAAAUGGCCAUUGCAAAUCCUGUUUUUGCACAUAGUCGACUUCCUUCCCUGGUUAACUAUGUCGAGCCAUUACUAAGGUCACCAAUUGUCAGCGAUAUCGCGUAUGAGGCUAUGGUGAAACUUUCUAGAUGUACUGCCCCCCCUCUAUGUAAUUGGGCCCUUGACAUUGCUACUGCUUUGCGCUUAGUGGUGACUGAAGAAGAUCGUCUUCUCUUGGAUAUGAUUUCAUCACUUGGGCAAGGGGAUGCCGAUGAUAGACCAUCUUUGAGUCUCUUUGAGCGAAUUAUUAACGCCCUUUCUGUGUCUUGUAAAUCGGGACCCCUUCCUGUUGAUUCCUUCACUUUUAUCUUCCCUAUAAUGGAGCGAAUUCUUUUAAGCUCUAAGAAGACUGGGCUUCAUGAUAGUGUGCUUCAGAUUAUUUAUAUGCACAUGGACCCCCUCUUACCGCUCCCUAGGCUUCGAAUGAUUUCAGUUCUUUAUCAUGUUCUUGGUAUUGUACAAGCUUAUCAGACCUCUAUUGGACCUGCAUUGAAUGAGCUGUGUCUUGGUCUACAGCCAGAUGAAGUUGCACCGGCUUUAUACGGGGUUUAUGCAAAAGAUGUUCACGUUAGAAUGGCCUGUCUAACUGCUGUCAAAUGCAUUCCUACUGUUGCCAAUCGGUCUCUUUCUCAGAAUGCUGAGGUCGCUACAAGUAUUUGGAUUGCUUUACAUGAUCCAGAAAAGUCGGUUGCAGAAGCUGCAGAGGAUUUGUGGGAUCGCUAUGGAAACAAUUUUGGGACUGACUAUUCAGGCCUUUUCAAAGCACUUUCUCAUAUCCAUUAUACUGUCCGUUUUGCUGCUGCAGAGGCAUUAGCUGCUGCUUUGGAUGAAUCUCCUGAUUCUAUACAGGAAUCCCUUUCUACUUUAUUCUCCCUGUAUAUCCGUGAUGCUGGUUUGACUGAGAACAAUGUCGACGCUGGUUGGCUGGGAAGACAGGGUGUAGCUUUGGCAUUGCAUUCUUCUGCUGAUGUACUGAGAACAAAAGACCUUCCUGUUGUUAUAACAUUUUUGAUUUCAAGAGCAUUGGCAGAUCCUAAUGCUGAUGUUCGGGGGAGAAUGAUUAAUGCUGGCAUUAUGAUUAUUGAUAAGCACGGACGAGAUAAUGUUUCCUUGCUAUUUCCUAUCUUUGAGAACUACCUGAACAAAAAGGCAUCGGAUGAGGAGACAUAUGAUUUGGUACGUGAGGGUGUUGUUAUUUUCACUGGAGCAUUGGCAAAACAUUUGUCAAAGGAUGACCCAAAAGUACAUGUUGUUAUAGAGAAGUUGUUGGAUGUGUUGAAUACUCCAUCAGAAGCUGUUCAGCGGGCGGUUUCAACAUGCCUUUCACCAUUAAUGCAAUCAAAGCAAAAUGAUGGCCAAGCUCUUGUUUCACGGAUUUUGGAUCAAUUAAUGAACAGUGAAAAGUAUGGUGAACGCCGUGGAGCUGCUUUUGGGCUUGCUGGAGUAGUCAAGGGAUUCGGUAUUUCUUCUUUGAAGAAAUAUGGAAUUGUGAAUAUUCUACAAGAAUGUCUUGUUGAUAGGAAUUCUGCAAAACGUCGUGAAGGGGGUUUACUUGGAUUUGAGUGUCUGUGCGAAACACUUGGAAAAUUAUUUGAACCGUAUGUUAUACAAAUGUUGCCACUACUGUUAGUUUCAUUUUCCGAUCAAGUUGUUGCAGUUCGUGAAGGUGCUGAGUGCGCUGCUCGUGCAAUGAUGUCUCACCUUACUGCUCAGGGAGUGAAACUGGUUCUUCCAUCUCUUUUGAAGGGUCUUGAAGAUAAAGCGUGGCGAACAAAGCAAAGUAGUGUUCAACUGCUUGGUGCUAUGGCCUAUUGUGCUCCUCAGCAGCUGUCUCAGUGUCUCCCUAGGAUUGUACCAAAACUAACUGAGGUUUUAACAGACACCCACCCUAAAGUUCAGUCAGCAGGACAAACAGCACUUCAACAGGUUGGGAGCGUAAUAAAGAAUCCCGAGAUAGCUUCAUUGGUCCCUACUCUUCUUCUGGGUCUUGCAGAUCCAAACGACUAUACAAAAUAUUCUCUGGAUAUUCUCUUGGGAACAACAUUCAUCAAUUCAAUUGACGCUCCUUCACUUGCGCUCUUGGUGCCUAUAGUACAUAGAGGGCUAAGGGAGAGGAGUGCAGAGACUAAAAAGAAAGCAGCCCAAAUUGUUGGCAACAUGUGUUCGCUAGUUACAGAGCCAAAUGAUAUGAUUCCGUACAUAGGGCUGCUUCUUCCUGAAGUGAAAAAGGUUCUUGUGGAUCCAAUUCCAGAAGUUAGGUCAGUUGCUGCAAGGGCCCUCGGAUCCCUCAUAAGGGGAUUGGGUGAAGAUCAUUUCCCAGAUCUUGUUCCCUGGUUGAUGGAUACACUUAAAUCAGAUAAUAGUAAUGUUGAGCGAUCUGGAGCUGCUCAAGGGUUAAGUGAGGUAUUAGCUGCACUUGGGACUGAGUACUUUGAACAUGUACUUCCGGAUGUCAUCCGAAAUUGUUCUCAUCAAAAAGCAUCUGUGCGUGACGGGCAUUUGACGUUGUUCAAGUACUUACCAAGGUCCAUAGGUGUUCAAUUCCAGAAUUAUUUACAGAAGGUGCUGCCUGCUAUUAUAGAUGGUCUUGCUGAUGAAAAUGAGUCUGUACGUGAAGCGGCACUAGGUGCGGGACAUGUUCUGGUUGAGCAUUAUGCGAUAACGUCUUUACCUUUGCUCCUACCUGCCGUUGAGGAUGGUAUCUUUAAUGAUAGUUGGCGAAUUCGACAAAGCUCUGUGGAAUUAUUGGGUGAUCUCUUAUUUAAGGUCGCGGGUACUUCUGGAAAAGCUUUGCUGGAGGGUGGCAGUGAUGAUGAAGGUGCUAGUACUGAAGCACAGGGCCGGGCUAUCAUUGAGGUUCUUGGAAGGGAUAAGCGUAAUGAAAUUCUUGCUGCAUUAUAUAUGGUUCGAACUGAUGUGAGCCUAUCAGUGCGUCAGGCUGCAUUGCAUGUAUGGAAAACUAUAGUGGCAAAUACCCCAAAAACUCUUAAGGAAAUAAUGCCAGUUCUCAUGAACACUCUAAUUACCUCUCUUGCAUCAUCAUCCUCUGAAAGGCGGCAGGUUGCUGCACGUGCACUGGGCGAGCUUGUCAGGAAGCUUGGUGAGAGGGUGCUGCCAUUAAUCAUCCCAAUUUUAUCCCAAGGGUUAAAGGACUCUGACACCAGUAGACGACAAGGUGUGUGCAUUGGUUUGAGUGAAGUAAUGGCAAGUGCAGCUAAAAGCCAUUUGUUGAGUUUCAUGGAUGAACUGAUUCCAACCAUUCGAACUGCCCUAUCAGAUAGCAUGCCCGAAGUUCGUGAGUCUGCUGGAAUAGCAUUCAGCACUCUUUACAAGAAUGCUGGUAUGCAAGCAAUUGAUGAAAUUGUUCCAAGUCUUUUGCAUGCAUUGGAAGAUGAUCAAACUUCUGAUACUGCACUUGAUGGUCUCAAACAAAUCUUAAGUGUCAGGAUUACUGCGGUUUUGCCCCACAUUUUGCCCAAGCUUGUUCAGCUUCCAUUAACUGCAUUUAAUGCACAUGCUCUUAAAGCUGUCGCUGAGGUUGCCGGGCCUGGUCUUAACUUUCAUCUUGGUACUGUUCUUCCUGCAUUACUCACUGCCAUGGGUGUUGAUGAAGAGGAUGUUCAAACAUUGGCAAAAGAGGCUGCUGAAACUGUGGUUUUGGUUAUAGAUGAUGAAGGUGUUGAAUUUCUUACAUCUGAGCUUCUUAGAGCUGUCAGUGAUAGUCAGGCGUCAAUUAGAAGAAGUUCUGCGUAUCUUAUCGGCUAUUUUUUCAAAAACAGUAAAUUAUAUUUGGUUGAUGAAGCGCCAAACAUGAUAUCUACCUUGAUCGUCUUGCUCAGUGAUUCUGAUUCUGCAACUGUGGCAGUUUCUUGGGAAGCAUUGUCGAGGGUUGUAAGUUCAGUCCCCAAGGAAGUACUUCCUUCAUAUAUUAAGUUAGUACGAGAUGCUGUGUCGACUUCCAGAGAUAAGGAGCGUAGGAAAAAGAAGGGAGGACCAAUUGUCAUACCUGGACUUUGUUUACCAAAAGCACUCCAACCAUUGCUUCCAAUAUUUCUCCAGGGUUUAAUAAGUGGAUCUGCUGAACUGAGAGAGCAAGCAGCACUGGGUCUUGGAGAAUUGAUUGAAGUGACUAGUGAAAAGGCACUCAAAGAGUUUGUUAUACAAAUUACAGGGCCUCUUAUCCGGAUAAUAGGUGACCGGUUCUCAUGGCAGGUGAAGAGUGCUAUUUUAUCUACCUUGACAAUCAUAAUCAGAAAAGGUGGGAUGGCUUUGAAGCCAUUUCUUCCACAGCUUCAAACAACAUUUGUCAAGUGUCUACAGGAUAACACAAGAGUUGUUCGCUCUAGUGCUGCGCUUGCACUUGGAAAGCUUAGUGCUUUAAGUACCCGGGUGGACCCUCUUGUUGGAGACCUCCUGUCCAGUCUGCAGGCUUCAGACAGUGGGGUUCGGGAGGCAAGUUUGUCUGCUUUAGAAGGUGUCCUAAAGUUUGCUGGGAAGAGCGUGAGCAAUGCUGUUAGAACUCGUGUCUACUUGCAGCUUAAGGAUAUGAUUCAUCAUGAUGAUGACGAGGUUCGAAUAUCUGCUGCAAGCAUCAUGGGUAUCAUGGCCCAGUAUGUCGAAGAUACCCAGCUGACUGAGCUGCUUCAGGAACUAUCAAGUUUUCCAUUGUCACUUCCCUGGUCUUCUAGGCAUGGUUCUGUACUUACAAUUUCAUCCAUGCUCAAGCACAUCCCAUCCACCAUUUGUGCCUCUCCAGUGUUUCCGUCUAUCCUGGGCCAGCUUAAAGCUGCUUUGAAAGAUGAGAAGUUCCCUCUUCGUGAAUCUUCGACCAAGGCAUUUGGGAGACUUCUCGUGUAUAAAGUCCAAAGUGACCCGUCCAAUACCUCAGUACAAUUAGAUAUUAUAUCAUCUUUAGUCUCAGCAUUGCGUGAUGAUUCCAGUGAAGUCAGAAGAAAGGCGUUAUCUGCUCUGAAGGCAGUUUCGAAGGAAAGUUCUUCACCUAUUGUGGCCCAUAUGAACAUUAUUGGACCUGCACUGGCUGAAUGUUUGAAAGAUGGAAGUACGCCUGUGCGACUUGCAGCAGAAAGAUGUGCUCUGCAUGCCUUCCAAUUGACAAAAGGUCCGGAAAAUGUUCAAGCUGCUCAAAAGUUCAUCACAGGCUUAGAUGCCAGACGAAUAUCAAAGCUUUCGGAACACAGUGAUGAUAGUGAAGGUGAGGAUGACUCGACAAGUGGCUGAAAAUGAGUCGCUUUGUGACCAAUAAUUUUUGCCCUCAAAAGUGGAACUAUAGAAAAUACUAAGACAAUUGCGGUCAUACAGAGAAAACAGUCCUGGAUACCCAAUUUUUCUCACUUGGGUGUUAUAAAUUCAAUGUAAUCGUCAGUUGGAUUACUUGGAUACCAUCUUGGAUCAUGUAUAGAAUGAAGCCAUGAAGGCACAGCGGAACCAAUCCCAUUUUGAAAUCUGUAUCUUUCAUAUAUGUUCAUAGUGUAAUGAUCUUUUGCAAUUAAGCUACUUCAUUUUCGAGUUUUACAACAA